CGGCGCAGAGCGCCCCUCCGCCUGGCGCGCCGCGUGGUCACGCCCAGCGCAGGCAUUAGCGCCCCCCGGUGCGGGGCGCGGGCGCCCGGGCAUCCUCCGGCACAGCGGCGGCGGCUGCGGCUCCUCCUGCCCGGCUCGGCUCGGCUCGGCUCUGCCCGGCUCUGCCCGGCUCGGGGCUCGGCUCGGGCACCGGCGCUCCGCCGCCCCCCCCUUCCCCACCCGCCCUCCCUCCCGCGCCGCCGGGCAACGCCAUGAAGCCGGCGGUGCUGGAAGUAAUGAGGAUGAACCGGGUGUGCAGGAUGGUCCUGGUCACGUCCGUGGGCUCCUUCAUCCUCGUCAUCUUCUACUUCCAAAGUACGUUGCACCCAGUAAUGCGUAGAAAUCCAUUUGGGAUGGACAUUUGCUGCCGGAAAGGAUCCAGAAGCCCACUCCAGGAGUUGUAUAAUCCCACCCAGUUGUCCAACACGGCAAUUCUUCAUCAGAUCAGACGAGACCAAGUGACAGACACAUGCCGAGCAAACAGUGUGUCUAGCAGGAAGCGCCGCGUGCUGACGCCCAACGAUCUCAAACACCUGGUGGUGGAUGAAGAUCAUGAAAUGAUCUAUUGCUAUGUUCCCAAAGUGGCCUGCACAAACUGGAAGAGAGUCAUGAUGGUUUUGACGGGAAGAGGCAAGUACAGCGAUCCAAUGGAAAUCCCAGCCAAUGAAGCCCACGUGUCUUCAAACCUGAAGACCCUCAACCAGUACAGCAUCCCAGAGAUCAACCACCGCUUGAAAAACUACAUGAAGUUCCUCUUUGUUCGUGAGCCCUUCGAGAGACUGGUGUCAGCCUACAGGAACAAGUUCACACAGAAGUAUAACACUUCCUUCCACAAGCGAUAUGGCACCAAAAUCGUGAGGCGCCAGAGGAAAAACGCAACCCAGGAAGCUCUGCGUAAAGGCGAUGAUGUGAAAUUUGAAGAGUUUGUGGCAUAUCUCAUCGACCCACACACUCAGAGAGAAGAGCCCUUCAAUGAGCACUGGCAGACUGUGUACUCCCUCUGCCACCCUUGCCACAUUCACUACGACCUCAUAGGAAAAUACGAAACACUCGAAGAAGAUUCGAAUUACAUUCUCCAGCUUGCAGGAGUCGGCAACUACCUGAAGUUCCCCACCUAUGCAAAGUCCACGAGAACUACUGAUGAAAUGACCACAGAGUUCUUCCAGAACAUCAGCUCGGAGCACCAAACGCAGCUGUAUGAAGUCUACAAACUUGAUUUUUUAAUGUUCAAUUACUCAGUGCCAAGCUACCUGAAAUUGGAAUGAGGGAUGGGUUGGGGGGAGAGUGGGGAGAGAAAGCUUGUUUUAUUUAAGAUUUUUAUUUGUCAUAAUAAAUAUGGAGAGUGGGUUAUUUUGUAAAUUAAUAUUUUCUUUUUUUUUUUUUUUUUGAAUGAUGCUGCGAGCAGCACAGUCAAAAUUAUUUAAAUCAACUGUAAGAAAGGACAGCUCUCUUUGCAGGGUAACAGGAUUGUGACGAUCUAGCUGUAGAAGUGAAUAAUACUGCUACACUGUUUAAAAAAAAUGUUAAUAGUGUUCUGGUGAAUUUCGUUGAUCUUGCAUUCCUCAAAUUCUAAUUAAUGUUAUUUAUACUUAUUUAAAACAUGGUCUCUUGGUAGGUUUCACUUUAGCAACAGAGAUAAGAUAACAUUUGGACAAAAGGAAUCUGGUUUUAUACUUUCUUCAGUUGAGCUUGUCUCUGGAUAAUAAUAUUCUUCCAUUAGCCUUUCAUACAGGUAAACACAGGCGUGGUUCUUGAUACCACAUGCUUUGAGAAUAAUGAUGGAAAUAAUUUCUGCAGAAAGUGAUAUUGCACUUAAGCAUACUAAAAAGCUGUCUUUCUAGCCCUGAAAGGGAAAAAAUAAAACAGAUUUUGAUAGAUACAUGAUCUCUAAAACCCAUGACUAAAAGAAAUGUGAAUGUAUUCUUUGGGAAGAGAAACCAUGAACUUUUUUAAAUCUGGACUUAAUGGUUUUAUCAAGAAUAUGAUGAGUCCCGUUGUCUCAUAAUUUGAAGCCCACCCACACAAAUGAAUGCAGAUUUGCGGAUGCUUGAUCUGAAAAAUCAGCAUUUUGAAAGUGGCUGUGGAGAUUUUUGAAUGCCGAAAGCAAUUGGUGUUCAUUUAAGUCAUAUCCAAGAUGGGGUUACUGGGGGAGCUCCAUCCUCUGAAAGUCAUGCCUCUCUACUUGAUCUUAGGGUGGGCAACCAGAAUUGGCUGAUGUGCUCCAAAAACACCAGUCACAAUAUGUUGCUAUAAAGGAUGUGGGGAUGUCAUUUAAAAAGUCAGAAAGUCAUCUUCGUGUUGAUCUCUAAGCAUGCAAGGCAAUAAAAAAGGUCUCUAAUCUUCCUACAUGCUGGUUUCAUGGCUUUUUCCUGUGGGGAAGGGGGAGUCUUCUCUUUUCAGUUGUUGCUGACAGGGAUGCUUCUGAUUUCCCAUGGUUAGGAUUUCUUCUCAGUCGGGUCUAGUGUAAGAGCACAGCCUUUUUACUGAAGGUGAAUGUCUCCGUGGCGGUUGUUUUGCUUGCUUUAAUGCGAUGCCCAUGAGACAUGUGGCCUGGAGGGCAGCAGGAGCUGAGUGGGAUGCAGUCCGGAGUCACCCGUGGGUGUCCUGCCCCGGGGCCUACUCAGGGCCAGCGCUCACCUGCCUUGGGUGCUGCGCUGAGCAGGGAUCCGAGGCUUUCCUCCAGUACCAGUGCCAGUAACGCACCGCGUAGUCCUCAGGGUGACCACCUGUGUUUGUGCCACCAGGCAAGCUACAGCUUUCCAAAAUCAAGGGGUAGCUUUGAUUGUGUGAGGCUUUGGGGAACAAAAGAGAGAAGAUUGGCAAAAGGAGGCCUAGGCUUUAGGCGAGGCAUUUGUGGGAAAGUUUGAAAGCUGUUCGCUAAAAUGGGGUUUUGAAUUGCCUGCAUGUGUAUCUUCUUAUGAUCAAACCCAAUGCUUCCAACAAUUAGUGAAGAUUUAGGUAAACUCAGUGGAAGGCAGAGCAGUAUCAGAACCAGAUCCUGACAACGUUGCAGUGUACAGUAGCUGAUAAUAGCUGCUGAAUUACGUAGCCUCCAGGACACUAGAUGGUUAAAGAAGUAACAUAGGUCUGUCUUAUUUUGUAAAAAUAAGUCACUGAGUAAAUCUCAGUGGAGAACAAAUUAGCAUAGCAAACAACAGCUGAACUCCUUUCAUGAUUGUGCUCAGUCUUACCCAGGCUUUGGGUCUUUAUUUUUUUAAUCAUAGCCUCCAAAUAAAUCUCUCAUCCACUCUGGAACAGGCACAGUUUUUGUAACCCAGGUCCUAUUUAUAACCCCGAUGGCUGGUGAAGCACUGGCUGCCUGAAUCUGACAGCUCUGAAUUUCUGAGUGGUUUCUGAUUGCUGACUAGUGCUUUACUUGAAAGCAGUUUGUCUCAUUUAGAGUAUGUGGAACUGUUGCAAGUGCCUAUCACAGUGUGCCCCGUCUUUCUUUUAUUUGUAGUUUGAUGAGUAUAUGUUUGUUAAAAAAAAAUAAAAAAUUGUAUGAGGGUAGAUUCUCCCUUCCCCCCCAUCCUGCAAGCUGUGGAUUUCUGUGCCUGUUUCGUGUUGUAUCCAACAGUGCUAAUAUUUUUGUCCCAUUUUUUCCUCAGUUAUCUGUUAAUCCACUCCAACAGAAUGUGAUUAUUUUUUUUUUCAUUUAAGAAAAAAAAAGGUUGCUUCAGAAAGUAAAUAUUUUAAAAGCAGGCUGUGCAUUCUCCCUUCUUUCUGUACUUUUUGCCUCACUCUCUCAUCACCACAUUUUUAUCUGUUCUUAAAUAUUCUCUUUAGCUUCACCACUUUGGAGACACACACACCAAAAAAACAACCACACAUAUUUGACAGCUCUGAUGAGGAAGCUUUAGGUGAAAAAGCAUGUUUAGACGAUCUGAGGGCUGGGUGCUGCUGGUGCUGGGAUUGUUGAGAGCAGUGCUGGGCUCAUUUGCCCCUCUCUGCCUCCAUGCAGAGGCCAGCCUGAGGCGGGUGCCCAGCUCUGACAUGGCCUCCGUGCGGUCUGGAGCAGGCACUUAAAACAAUCUCUUGCUAUUUAAAAAAUCCUGAUCCCAAACUGCUGCAAUCUGUCAAUUUAAUGUUUAAUCUGUUCUGAGGUGCUGUGAAUUGGUUGUAGAUUCCUGUUUAAAGUGAAGAGCUGAGAUGCUGGAUAUGAUCGUGUCCUGUAUGUUGAACGCAAAGCCCGCAUGAGGUUGAAGGAAGACCACAAAUGUUAAGGAAUAGAUUUUGUUUGGACUACUGGGUGUGCUGUUUUGACUGAGCCAAAAAAAAAAAAAAAAUCCCUUUCCCAUGACCCCACGUAGGAGGUUGUGCCUCCUCAUCUCAGCGAGCUGGUGGCCACCGCUUGCAGUGAGGGGACCAGAGCACGCAAUCCCUACAGGGGUCUGGCCUGCUCCUCAGCAAGGCCUCCUUGCGGGGUUCAUUUUAUAGCUGUGGCCACAGCUGGUCCCAGGAGACAAGCACGCAAAAUUCAAAACACGGAUGUGUCCAUGAGGCUACAAGGCCAACCAGAGAGCUGCUGUUUUGGAAAGAGGUACAGCAGUUAUGG